AACCCUAAUGAAGUCUUGUUUAGCCUUUAUUAGAAAAAACUGAAAAGAGAACAAGACCAUCAACAAAAGAACUUCACGUGCAGUAUAUGCUGUACAACAUUUAGGGCCCUAUAAAACCCCCAAAUUGUUUGUAAAGAAAGCACAAAGUUAAGUUGAUUUAGUCUAGAUAACCAAGCCACUUUCAUUUGCUGGCCACAGAGAAAGAGAGAGAAUUAAGGUGAGUGGGGCGGUCCAAAUUUAAAUCGAUGGCGCUAGAAGCAGCCGUAUAUCAGCAAGACCUUUUUGGCCAUAAUAAUGGCACUAAUAAAGAUCUUUACCCUUUAUUAUUAGAAUCUUGGUCUGAUAGUAAUGAUAAUUUUUUUCCUUACCUUAAACUCCAAGAUCAUAAUAAUCAUGAAAACUCCUACUCCACCAUAAAUGAUUUUGACCCUACUAAUUACUUUCUAGAUAGCCAAUUAGUUGAACUUGAUUGGCAUUCUUAUUAUUAUCAUCAUGGAAUUAACCAUGAAAGUAUUAUUUCUCCUUCUCCUCUUUGUACAGUUAAUGAUUUACCAUCCUUGAAUAAUUAUGAUCAUGAUUGUUGGGGCCUAAUAAGCUCAUCGGCGAACCACCAGCCGAAGGCGGCAAACGAAAGUGAUGGUGUUCCCACGGAGAUGGUGGUGAGGCCGAAGCAACGACGACGUGCAAGAGCUAAGAAGAACAAAGAGGAGAUAGAGAAUCAAAGGAUGACUCACAUUGCUGUUGAAAGGAAUCGUAGGAAGCAAAUGAAUGAAUACUUGAAUGAGCUUAGAUCUUUGAUGCCUGAAUCUUAUGUUCAAAGGGGGGACCAAGCUUCAAUAGUAGGAGCAGCAAUCAAUUUUGUGAAGGAGCUGGAGCAUAACCUACAAAGCCUGAGUGCUAAGAAGCAAAUGAAAGAGAAUGUUAAUACAGAUGGUAGUAGUUCAAGCUCAUCUUUGCCCUUUAGAGAAUUCUUUACCUUCCCACAAUUCUCUAGUAUUGGUGAUAAUAACAAUGAAGAUCACACGAGUUCUGGCAGCUCAAUAAGUCAGCAACAACAGCUUGCUAAUGCUGGUGGUGUUCAAGGUGGUUGGUUGGGUGCGGAUGUAGAGGUGACAAUGGUGGAGAGCCACGCACACCUUAAGAUCCGAUUGAGGCGACCGCCUAAGCAGCUAUCUAAGCUCGUUUCUGGGUUGCAUAGCUCAAGGCUGUCCAUCCUUCAUCUUAAUGUUACUACUGCUGAUGAUGGGGUGGUCCUUUACUCAUUUAGUCUCAAGGUAGAAGAUGGAAGCAAGCUAAGUUCAGUGGAUGAUAUUGCAAGAGCAGUGUACCUAUUGCUAGGUAGGAUUCAAGAGGAGACUAAUUCUAUCUAGGUGUUGAUUAAUUAGUCGUUAAGUGAUACUUUAUGGAAGCAAGUACUCUUAUAGCUGGCUGUUUAUUGAUCUUUGUCUCUCCUCCAUCCAGUCUAAACAUUUUAAUAUUUUCUUGUGAUUAAUCAUGUAUAAUGUGUAUUGCCAAAAUUGCAAUAUGUGGCUACUUUUAUGGUCA